AUGGCAGACAAACUUAGAGACAAGCAGCAGUAUGAGUUGAUGAAAUCCAAGCACAUUGGGAUCGGAGAUCCCGACACCUCGAAGGCCGAAUGGAUCACCAAUGUGAAAAGAGACACAUACUCUAGUAUGGCGGCACAUCAUGGAUUAGCCGAGUACUAUUCUAUUGGGGUCAAUGAACCAAUGCAACUCAGUAAGAUGAAGUUCAUUGAUAAGAUGGUGCAGCCCUAUGGACCUAUUGAAAAAAGAAAAUGA